AUAAAAGGGUUCUAACUGACAUUUUUUCAUAAAAUGAGGUUUUGGUGUAAUAAGGUUCUAACUGACAAACUGAAUGUAUUCUAAACAUCUGUUUUGGUUUAUGUCAGCUGAUAAUUUAAUAAUAAGCAAAAUAAGAUAGUUCUAUCUGCUAAAGUCACUCUUUUACAAUUGAAGAAGGUUCUAACUGCAACUUACAACCAUAUUGGUCCCAAAAACAAAUAGUUUUAGUUCAAUAAGGUUCCAUUUGCAGAUGGAACCAUGUUAUUUAAAUGAAUUAUCUUUUUCAAUGCAGUAAGGUUCUAUCAGCUGAUGUAAAAGCCUGAUUCAAUGUAUUAAGGUUAUUUUGCUUGCGGUUUUCCUAGAAACUGUAAUAUUAUUUAUUGGGAUGUUUUAUAACUAAUAUGAGUUCCAUAAACGAUAGUGAAAUAUUAGAGGCACUAGAUGAUAGUGAAGAUCAGUGUGCUCCAAGAAAUCAGAGUUUCACUUCUGACAGGUAAGAAAUCUAACCUAAAAUAACCCAUACUGAUGUUUUGCUCUAAACCAUUAACAUAGAUAAAACAACAUUAAAACUGGUAAAUGGCUAUAUACCAGAAUCCAAAUUGAAUGCUAAAUUUGUGUAUUUUAUUCAAAUAGCUAUGAUUUUAUCAAUCAAAAUUUCUAUUAAAGUCUAUAGUGUUUUCAUUUGGUUAUAAUUCCAUUAGUUUUAUUCAUGUAUGUUCUGAAUUUUUUCUUUGAUUUUAGCAAUGCUGGUUCAGAGAGCAAUCUUGAUCAAUGUGUAAACAACAACUAUGUUCCUACAAAGGGUGAUCCCAAUGAACAAGGAGAUGACAUCCAAGAUGAACAAGUAGAAGAAUAUCCCACUGAAUGUGUAAACAUACUAGAUCCAAGUAACUCAGAAAUUAAUUAUGGUGCACACAAUAACCUUGAGCAAUAUAUGGAGGACAUCCAUGAAGAAACCGCAGAGGAUAACCAUGACAUCAUAGAGGACAAUCAUGAUGAAAUCACAGACAACAACCAUGAUGAAACCACAAAGGAUAAUUACUAUGACCAACUGGCUGAGGACAACCAUGAUCAACUCGCUGAGGACAGUCAUGACCAACUCGCUGAGGACAACCAUGAUAGGCAACUUUUUAUUGAUGAAGGGAACAUUUUUAUAGUCAUAACAGCAAAUCAAAACUGUGACGAAGUGCAAGAAGACUUUUUAAAUGUACUAGAUGGAACUGUAGUUACAAUUAUUGAAGAAGAUACACAAAGCAUUAAUGAAGGUGAUUUUGUCACAGAACUUUCUUCUAAUGAAUCAGUACAAACUUUGGUAUUUACUCCGGACAAGUCUCCUCACCCUACUCCUGAGGACGAACAAAUUCAACAGACAAUCACUGAAGGCACUCCAGAUGAUAUUGACAGCUUGCCUGUCCAGAAGAAAGCCUAG